UUUAUACAUCUAUCGAUAGCGGACGAUCCGUGGUUGUUCUGUUUACUUAACCUGAGGUUAAGUAAACUAUAUUUCUAAUCAAAUUUUUAACAUUUAAUUGCAAAAAUUCAAAGUUAGAGCACUUGUGUAUUGAGAAUGAUCGUGAAAACGAAUAAACUCAAUGAUGAAUUGGUUCCAAAGAUCUGGGUACAUGACGUUUGGUUUCAUCAGAAAAACGUCUCAACUGCAGAUAUUAUUAAUAAAUGCCGUAAGCUUAUUAAAUCUAAUUGUCAAUAACUUCAAUUGGGGUUGGCUGAAGGGAGAUCUACAGCUCAAGAAAAUCUGGGAAUUGCCAGUUUUAGAACCUGACAAUUCAGAUGUGAAAGAUAUCGACUGGAUCAAAACCAUUCUAUCGCAGAUCGUCGUGGCUCGUUUUGUCAUCAAUAGUGUAUCUCUCGUUGCACACGUCGCUAAUAUCUACACAAUAUUAACACGAGAUCGACAGAAUUUGCUUAUACUUUGGAUGGUGCUUAGUUUUGUCAAAGAUAUCCUACUGGAAAUUGUCGUUGUUAUCGUUACUUUGAUAUUGUGGCAUAAUGGAAGCAUCACAACGUCACUUCUUGCUGAGUUUAUAAUAAAGAAAGUUAUACGGCUAGCAAUCUCAAUUUGGAAAUGGUGCGCAACUCUUAACUGGUACAUGCAACUACGAAAAGCGGCGACAAUUCGUGAAUUUUUUGAGCGGGUCGCACGAAGAAGUAACACGAGUGUUAUUGAUACUGUCAGAAGGUUCAGGCAUUCUUUGGACAAUAUGAGUCUUGGUAUAGCAAUUGUUCGACGAGGUAAGUACACAAGUCUGCUGAGUUUGGACGAGCUUUUUGAAAAAUCGCCCAAUAGAGUGAAGUUCAAUAAAGAGUAUUGUGAUUUGCGAAUUUCCAAAUCAUUGACGACUUUGAUCACCAGCGAGAAUUACGACGCGAACGGUACAAAUGAUUAUGAUUCGAUCGUUAAUGACCUAAGCGUGGCUGAAAAAUCAAUGAAGAUGCUCGAUAUAACUGCAGAGGAUAUAAUGGACGCACGUGCUAGAAUACAAGAGCGCUCCUAUUGGAAUAGACGAGAUGCAACAGCAAAAAUAUCUAAUCCAGUGGAAAAAAUGAUGACAUAUUUUUCUCUUGAAAAAGACGGAGAAGAAACAGAGUAUGCUUUCAGGGAUAAACAAAUCGUGAUAGACGAUAAAGAAAAUAACAAAAUAGGCACUGAAGAAGAAAAUAUCGAUGUAACGGAAGACGUCGCUUUAGGAGAGGAAAACGCUACUGCAUAUUUUCUAAUGAAGAAGGAAACAGCGAAACAGAAGAUGGAUAACAGCGAAACUGUUUUACGGGAUAAAAGAAAAGAUAUUUUUACUGAGAAGCGGAAGGAAGCUGUGAGCCAUUUGUUACAGUCUGAAAACGGAAACAUUACAAGCGAUAAAGUAAAAGAUCAUGUAACACCAAUGACAUUACAUGAUUUUUAUACCAUAUCGAGAGAGAAGAAAGAAGAAGCGCAAAAAAUUACGAAAACUAUACAAUGUUCUUUGAGCCAACAUGAAAGGAAUAUGAAUGUUAAAGUAUGUCCUUCUCUUGUUAAAGACAUGGAAGCAAAAUUUUGUUUUAUUCCUGUGAGCUGCGAACACAAGUGGAUCAGCAAAUCUGAUCAGAGAAGACACACUUACCGAGUCGAGACGAAGCAAGCCUCACUUACCAUAAACGUGGAUAGAAAAGAGCAUUCUACAAACUCAAAAAUGUCAUUACCUACGUGUCAUUGUGCUUCGAGCAUGAAUAUUCACACACAUAAGAAUAAGGAGAAUGCGCAAUCGACUAACACUAAGAACAAAAAUGUCAAUCACGACACCGAUAACAAAAAAUUGAAAUGUUCCAUUUCUAAUGUCGUCGCGCAAGAAGACAGACCUAACGGAGACAGGUUCGCGUUAAAACAUUUGGAGCGACGCUUAAAGAAACGAACGCAAACGUAUCACGAAUGUUUAGAGAAGCAACCAGUUACUUGGGACAGCAUGUCUCUGGCGCAAACUGCACGUCCCUCGGGAUAUGACAAGAAAUUUGUCACGUUCAAUAAACCGUUUGCUCGCCAGACAGAUUUGAAAAGCAUUCAGACUGAAACUUUUAACGAGUCGAAGGGUUCUUUGAGCAGACAACAUAAAUUAAAGCACGUUCAACAGGCGCGACAUACACAAUCGUUAAACUUGCGUUUAGCCAACGACUUCGAGUCAUUUAAAAAGAAGAAUUACAUGAAAUUUCAGGAACGCGAAAUGAUGGAGGCGAGAACUUUCAAUUUUAUCUUGUUGGAAGAUGAGAAACAGAUAAGGGGAAGAAACAGAUACAACUUGUCUCCGAGCCGGAAACUAUCGGCUGAAGAACGCGAAGCGAUAGAGUCGAGAGCUUUGAAAAUCUGCAAUAAGCAAACUUUGUUAGAUAAUAAGAAUGAGCUGGAAGCGAGGAAGAAAUACGGUUCAUCGUUAAAUUACGAGCGAUCGCUGAAGGAAGCCGAGAUUUCAAAGACGAAGGACUCGAAGACUUGCAACGAUGUUAUUUUGUUUGGAAACAGAGAAGAGACAAGAGCAAUAACAGGAAACGAUUUACCUACAAACUAUAAGCGAUCGGUCGAAAAAUUGGAAGCUUUGGCAGCUUACAGCAAGUUCACUUCUUCGAAUUAUAAUCUGAUUGCCGGAAGAAAACACGAUUCAUCGAAACAUGCUGCGUCGUCGAUAUAUGAGGAAGAUAUCGACAUUCCAACGAGAGCUUCUAAUCUUUUAAAAGUUGAUAAUGUCCCUGAUGAUCGGCUUUCAGAAGCUAGUGCCAUGAGCCACUUACUCAAAAUACGUGAUAAUGUAAGCAAUGGUUUCGACUUGAGCGAUCGUAACGCGAGACGUACGUGUGUAUCGUUGAACCUCCGGGAAAUCACAAGGAACAUCGAAUGGACUCUUCAGCCUGGAGGAAUCACACUAAUUAAUAAAAAUUUGCAAGGUGAACUUCCGGAAAACGGAAGAUUCCGCGAAAGUCAACAACGCGAUAUCGUCGAUAACAAUACCACUAGUAUGUUACACAACGCUUUUUUCUUCAAGCCCGAAAUCAUAAUGAGGAUUUUUCGGCGCGCUCAGACAAGAUUUCAGGGAUCUUUUUCAAAUUUUGAGAUUUGGCGGCGGACGGAUUUCAACGUGGAGUUUGUUUGCCGAGUGAACAACGAGAUGAAUGUACAAAAUCGAGAUUUGUUGUUUGACUUUGAUUUUGAAUGGAUAAUGGGAAGUCGAAGUGACCUGAGUCGUUCAUUGCUUUUCAAUAUUAAUAGUAAUCGCAUUGCUGAGGAAGAAAAUAAUCCCGACUUGUGUAUAAUAUUUAUCGGUCGGGAUGAAUUCCCCAGCGAAUCUGAAAGCGCGAUUGUCGAAGAUUCUGAAUCUCAAAGAAGUGCGCGUUUGAGCAUCGAAAAUGUCCAAGCGACGAACAUCUUGAUAUUUGAUGCAAAUCAUCGUCAAACAGAUAAUGCGACUACCGAUAAUUUGUCACUUCAACUUAUCAUUAGUGUGUUGAGGAACUUUGGUAUCGAGAUGUCGGAAGAAGAUACACGCAAUAUUUCAAUCGAACAAAUCGAAGAGUUUGGGAAUAUAAGUAAUGUGACUGUGAUUAAUGAUUUUCCAUCUUGUACUUUCAAUACGAGCGAUAUGAACAACGAUAAAGGAAAUAAUAUGUACGAUAAAAUUUCACUAAGUCAAAAUAUCUAUUACAAUAAUAUGGUUGACGAUGAAAAUAAACAAAUUUUAUAUUUGAGCAAUAGUUCUUCAGAUAAUCCAGAUGUAUCAUCUGUUAAGUCAUUAGAACAUGUCAGUUACUAUGAAGAGCAAGAUGAGAAAUAUUUAAGCGCGAUUGAUAUUAAUAUUGAAGACAAGAUAUCCGAGAAUAAUUCAUCUUUCAUAAAUGUUGAUAAUGAUAUAACAUCACGAUUGUCAAAUCUCGGUAAUAAUAACGAUAAAGAUGACAAUCGUCAGUUCGGCAUGUCAAAAAAUAGAACUGAGGAAAAUAUAUCUAAUGUCUCCUUUGAGAGGUCUAUGAAAAUAUUUUCUCCUAAGAUGUCAUUUGUGGAAUCAUACAGUAGCCAAACAUCGAUAUUGAAAUCAGCAGACAAGGAGCUUCAAAAAGUGCCACAACUUGCGAAUGGGCAAGCUAUCUCGGAAAAUAAAAGGGCAAGGUCAAUUUUAAAUUCAGAAAUUAAAAAUAGCGAUACAACUUUACAAUCUCAUAAUGUCGAAGCCUUAAAAUUAAUAGACGAGACGCAAAAUAGCAUAAGAAGCGAAGAUGAAGGCAGGACUGUAUAUGGAAAAAUAAAUGGAUUUUUGGCAGGCCAAUUUUCUGGAAUGUAUUCGAGCGAUGAAAGUGAUAUAAAUUCCUUAUACGAAAAGAAUAAUAACAGGUCAGAAUUGACAUCGCAUGAAAGUAGUUUGAUGGAAGAGUUUUUGAAUGAUACCGCUGAGAAUAUUUUUACUUCUGCUUAUAACUCUGCGCACCCUUCCAACAAUGGAAAUUAA